AUGCCAUCUGCCUACAACCUUAUCCCUUCUUCUGAUGUUGCACCACAGACCACUGCUGCAAAGCUCCUUGACAACUCACUUUUCCUGCAAGAUGGUUUCAACAAGAAUGGAAAAACCAGGAAUUUCGCUCACCCUGCCCUCAAGGAAGCUGUCAUACAAUUCUACUAUACUGGGACCUAUCAAAUUGUGGAUAAGCAUCCUGAGUCCUUCAACAAUUCAGUUCCCCUUUCCUGUCUGGCUCUUGUUGCAGCCACAUAUCAUUGUGUGUUGGAUGGAUUUGUGAAGAACAGCACAGGAAAGAUGAUGCCUCAAUUCUCCAGCAAGGCUUACAAUUCCAUCGUCCAUGGCAUGAUGAAGGUGCUGAAUGACAUCCUUCAUAAUCCCUAUCAUGGUGCAAGGUUGUGUGAUCAGCUUUCUCAGUGGGUGAAGGAAGGAUGGGCUGCACUGCAAGAGGUUGCUUCGAAUUAUGCAAUUGAUGCCAAUGCUCCUGUUCCUGUCAUACCUGCUGUGAACUGUUCCUAG